AUGGAGCCAAAAUGGGCGGCAAAAUCCUCUGGCGGGAUCUCCCUGAUUUUAAAAGACUAUUUCGCGUAAUUUGUUAUUUAUAAAAAUGUUGCCUCACGUGCAAUUAAUAAAAUGACUAAUAUCGUUUUGCACGCUGGAUUAUUCGAGCGUAGAAUCUACGCAAUUUUUGUUACGAUACUUUGUACCGUCCAAUCAAAAGUCCAAAUCUCUCCCAUCGCGAUUUGAAAUAUUGUCUUCUCAUUGGUCUUCCACGAUGGUGUAUAUAUCUCUAUUUAUUUGCAUUGCUCACUGAGAGAUAUCUCACGAAAAAUGAAUUAUUUACUAUUCCCGUUUGUAUUGUUUGUUGCCGUUGAGAAUAUUUGUUCCUAUCUGUUAAUUACAAACCGUAAAACAUAAAUUUUAAGUUAAUUUGAGAGUUAUUGAAUAUAAGUUUUUUAUAUUAACAUCGCUCUUUGAAUUUCAGUUUUGUUAUCUCGUAUUUUCAGAGUCUGCCGAUAUAUAACUCGAAAACUCGUCGGUGAAAAAAAAUGCACGGCAUUAAAUUCGAGACAGACGAUGUUAACAGAGCUACAAAGCGCUUUCUAUGUCGAUGGCGCUUUCAUGUAUAGGUACUGUCAUGGACACAGAUGUAGAACUUGCCAAAGGUGAAGGGUGUGAAACUAGUCCAGGCUGCUCUGGCUAUUCUAGCAUGGUGCACAGUAAAAAAGUCAUCAAACAUGCACUACGACAGCAGGCCAAGAGGCGUAGGAAAAAUACAACAAUUGCAGCUGGCAAUUCUCGUACUCUUCCAAGAAUUGUCGUUAAACCACUACCUCCACCACCACCGAACGAUCCACCUUCCCCUGUUAAUAAUGUACAGCACAUCAAUGCUACAACUGAAGAACCUGCUGCCACAAUGAGAGAAGUCCUAGCAAGUUUGCCAGGGUUUAGUUUGAAAUCUGGACGUAGACGAUCAACAAAACGAUUAUCGGCGACUGCACAACUGGAGGCUGGUCUUGUAGAUCUUGAGUCCCCAGCGAGUAUUUUAGCAAGCACAAGUUUACGUGCUCUUUUGAAUAGGCAUACUUUUCAAGGUCUGCCACCUUUGUAUCAAAGGAAACUUGCACAACUUUUGCCUGCUGUAGAUAGACAGGAUGCUGCUACAUCUGGAUUAAAUAACGAAUUCUUUGCGCGAGCUUGCUUAGAAUGGCGUAAACGCUUGGCAGAAGGAGAGUUUACUCCGGAGAAUCAACAAAGAUUGAAAAUGGAGGCAGAGAGAGACAAGAAUAAAUUGGAUCCGUGGAAAGUCAAGCAUUUUGAACCUAUAUGGGGUGAGAAGCGUGAACCUAAACUUAGGUCAGGUCUUCAUUGUAUUACGGAAUCAAGAUCUGGCGGAGCUGUAACGCGUUCGAGUUUAAGACUUCGUUUAGAAUCUAAUGUAGAUACACCUAUAUCGGAUACUCCCUGUCCUAUUAUGUCCGAAGAACUUAAAAUCGAAGAGGAUAACUGUAAAAUUGAAACUAGUAUAAGUAAUUCAGACGAUUUGAAUGAAACAACAGAGAUACAAGAGUUAUUACCAACAGAAUAUAACGAAACAACGCAUACAUUAAUCGAUGAAAAACAUAUAGAAUCUGUAAACAUAAACUCUGUAGAAACAAUAGGUGAUACUGAAAUGCAUCAGGACAAAUUUGAGGAAGAUGAGAAAGUUAUUAGUCUUGCAGAAAAACAAGACAUGAUUGAAGAGAAUGAAGUAGUAAGUCAGGUCUGCCAAGAAAAUAUUUCAAACGCAUACGACGAAGAAAUUCAUAUACCUCAAGAUGAAAAGAAUCUUGAAUCAAUGGAGAACCAUAUCCUUGAAGUAUCUGAAGAAGAUACGGUACUCUUACCGGAAGAAAGUACUUCACCAAGAUCCAGCGAACAAACAGAACAAAUGUCUCAUACAUCUAGGGAAACAUCAUCCCAAUUGUCAACAGAAUGUACAUCUCAAACUUCAGUAGAUCAAGUACCUCAAAUUUCAAAAGAGCAAAUAUCCCAAAUGUUGGAAGAACAAAUUUAUCCAAUAUCUGAUUGUGAGACUACAACUAUGCUUGAAACAUCGCCAUCGCACGAACAAAUUAGAUCAACUGAAAUUGUUAUGGAUGAUUCUACGCUAAUGAAUAGUAAUCAAAAUGAGACAACACAGGUUUCUCACGAAAAUGCAACAGACGGUGAAUCACAAAUUCCUGAAGGAAUGGAAAUCGACAGUGAAACGUUACAACGUAUUCACGAGUUGGAGGUAAGGGGAGAAAUGCGCGAAGCGUACGAAGAGAUUUCAAGAUGCUCCGAAGAAAUAAUAUAUCCUAUUCUUGACGGUAUGGAAAUGGGAACAAGUAAUACCGAAGAAACUGAAACACAGGUAGUCUCGGGACGGGCGGAGACUACCAGAGAGCAGCAAGAUGUAAAUAGUGGGAAUGAAGACGAAGCCCUUCGAGAAGCAAAUAACUACGUUUGUUCUGAAAUGUUAGAAUGUAGUUGGUCGGUAGAUCCCACGGUUAAUAACAUUAACAAUAAUAAUAGGACUCAGGAAGAGCUUCAAGUACCAUGGCCACUAGUAGCUGCAGCUCUUGAUGGAUCUGUAGCCACUAACAUAACGGUGACCACUCAAGACGAAUGCAAUGAGACACCUACUUCCACUGAUUCGACUAAUCCACCGCAACAAUUUAUCAAUGCCGAUUCCAAUGUAGAAUCGGUUAACUGUAUACAGUUGCCAGUUGUUCAGGGAACUCAGUUUCAGUCAGAGGGUCUUGCAAUUGGUACACCAGGAACGAGUUGCAUAAUGAAAAAUUUCCAGUCUCAGAGCUCGCCUAUUAUUGCCUUUCCGCAACUGCAGUCUAUCAGAUUUGUACAAACUAGCUUUCAUUCCGAUCAAAACACUGCAUCGACUUUGAACAACACGUCCCCAAUUACUGCUCAAAUCCAGAAUCAACAGAAUACAACCUCGCAAGUAAAUAUAAUGAGAACGCAAGAAGAAGUGGUACAACUAAAUACACAAAAUAACAAUGCACGGAAUAUCAGAAAUAACGUGAACCAAAAUCAAGUCCCAAAUACCGUGACAGCCGCGAUCGGUAUACAACCCCCAAAUCGUGCACAAAAUACUAUCGUUAUUCAACACCAAGCCUCAGCACCUACACAACCACGACAAGUCGUAGCAACCAUACAACAACAUCAGUAUCCUGGAGCGACGGUUGCUGUGUCUUCAAGAUCUUCGCGUUCUAAUAAUCAGGGUAGUCAGAGAGGUUCCAGGAAUAGUAACAAAGAACAAGGAGGAGGUAGAUCACGCAGUACUACGAAAGAACCACCUGGUGCAGUUAAUUUGGAACGCAGCUAUCAGAUAUGUCAAGCGGUGAUACAAAGUUCGCCAAAUAGAGAUCAACUGAAGGCUCACUUGAAACCUCCGCCUAGUUUACUUGCCAGAGGUGAUGGUGCAUUCACGACGAAUAAAUCGGGUGGCCGUACAAUUACGACUGUCAAAACUCAGAAGCCAUCGCAGACAAUACAAAAUAAACAAACUCAAAAUAAAACGCAAGCGGUUAUGUUCAGACAUGUGUUUGCAACAGCGCGUCAAGCUGCUUCAACAGAGGUUCCAGAAAGCAAUACCGUAGCGCAGUUAGGAUCCACGACAACAGGUGGAUUGGGUCAAUAUAUACUGGUUCAGAGAACGGGCGUCGGCGACAGUGCACCAAGAGCAUCUUCUGCUCCACCUUUGCCUCCUCAAAUUGCCGGGAUGGGUGUUGGAGUACAUCUAGUACGUGGUAGACCAGCCAGUGCAGGAGAAGGUUCGCACCAGGCUGUAACAUUGAAAGGAAGAGGCACGGAUGGUAGAGGAGGAGGUGGCGCUGAACCCGGAGCACCUGGUAUGAUCAUGGGUGGAGAUCCACCACCUCCCUGCGAAUGUAACAUGCGAGGUGCUAUGGUAAUAUGCCGGCAAUGUGGCGCGUUUUGUCACGAUGACUGUAUUGGGCCUCAACGUAUUUGUGCUACCUGUCUGAUACGUUAAUCAUUGUUUAACGAUUGUUUCUGUAUAAAUUUAAAAAAAAAAAAGAAAAAAAGA